UGUUGUUGGUGUUUCUAUGGCAACAGUUUUUCGUUACCUGGUGCAGGUGAGAAGCAGCUGUGGCAAACAACAGAGCAGAGGAGCUGUGAGGAAGACGACAGAACAAACAUGAACACCCUCUUAUCCAGCAGGGAUGUCCAGGUGAAGAACAUGGAGCAGACAGUGAAUCAUGCUGAGAAGCACUUGGGCAGUAUCUGCUCUCUGCUGGCUUCUUACACCAGGAAGACAGCCAAGCUGAGAGACAAGGCGGACUUGCUGGUGGCUCAGCUUUUUGACUUCUCCAGCAGAGAGGACCCUGAGCUCCAGAUCAGUCUGAAAAAUCUGGCUGAAGACCUCGCAAUGGUGCAGGAUUACAGGCAGGCCCAGGUAGAGAGACUAGAGAGGCGAGUCGUUGCUCCUCUAAAAGCAUAUGGAGACAUAGUUAAAAAUAAAAAGGCAGAUCUAAAGAAGUUCAACAAUGAUCUGAGGAGAGAGCUGAAGGAGCUGCAGAAACUGGAGAAAAUCCAAAUGAUGAACCCAGCAGAUCGACAAAGCAUUUCUCAGGCAGAAGUAAGUGCUCAGAAGGCUACCAACAAUGCCCAGCGCAGUGUCAGACAACUGGAGGAGACCAUCACAGACUUCCAAAAACAGAAGCUGGAGGAUAUCAAAACGAUUUUCACAGACUUCAUCACAGUGGAGAUGCUUUUCCAUGCUAAAGCGCUGGAGGUCUACACACACACAUACAAUAACCUGGAGGCAAUGAACACUCAAAAGGAUCUGGAGCUGUUCAAUGGACGGAUCAAGAUAUCUGAUUCUCUGACUGGGCGCCUGGACACUCCACUUAGCAGCUACUCUUCUCCCCUCAUGAACCGCUACUCCAGUCCUCUGGCCUCCCCCAAAGGCCAAAGCCUCUGGUCAACACUGGCCUCCUCCACAGGCCCAAACCACAGACAACGGCACAGCCAGUACCCAGCCACAGCCAGGAGGUCUCACAACAUCUUAAAACGGCAGAGCGGUAUUGAGGAGGAGGAACUAGAGAGGGAAGAAGAGGAUGAGGAUGAAGAAGAAGAAGAAGAAGAAGAAGAAGAAGAGAAGGAAGAGGAGGAGAUGUAUGAAUCAGAUAUAGAGGAGGGACGGCAAACCAACAGGCAGUCUUAUGCUGCUCAAUAUGCUGAGAUGCACAGAUGGCAAAAGUAGCCACAAAAGGCAGGCUGUACAUUGAAUUACAUGCACGAACACACUUGUACACAGUGCUGUGUCUGAAUAGAUGAAAACAUUGUUUUGUUAUGUAUCUUCUUCCAUGCUGAAAUAGCCCAUUAUCACACAUAAUGAGUAUGGUAUUUGUAUUUUAAGAUUUGCAAAAUACUUGAUAAAGGACAAACUACUUAUUGGAAAUAAUGCCUUGCAAUGCCUUCCUAAUGCCUUGCAAGGUGAGCACAACUUUACACACAAAAACUAGUGCAUGCUUAUUAAUAAACUUACACAAGUUUAUUAAACAUGCACUAGUUUUUCCUGCAUGUUGUGUAAUGUAAUAUAAACUGGAAUGUGAUUCAGGUGGAAAAGUCUUGAUUAGCCAAAUGGAAAAU